GGGAAGUGGUGCGGCUGCCGGCGCCUCCUGGUCCCCGGCGCCUUCGGGCCUCGGGAUGCCCAAGCCGCCGCGGGGCACAAGGCGUAGCCCGGAUUGAGCCUCCCCCGAGCCGACGGCUCGCGCCGCGCCCUCGGGCCGCCCCACCUGCAGAAAUGAGUGGUGGAUUGGCCCCAAGUAAAAGCACAGUGUAUGUAUCCAACUUGCCCUUUUCCCUGACCAACAAUGACUUAUACCGGAUAUUUUCCAAGUAUGGCAAAGUUGUAAAGGUUACUAUAAUGAAAGAUAAAGAUACCAGGAAGAGUAAAGGGGUUGCAUUUAUUUUAUUUUUGGAUAAAGACUCUGCACAAAACUGUACCAAGGCAAUAAACAACAAACAGCUGUUCGGCAGAGUGAUCCGCGCGAGCAUCGCCAUCGACAACGGAAGAGCCGCCGAGUUCAUCCGGCGCCGCAGCUACUUCGACAAAUCCAAGUGCUACGAAUGCGGGGAAAGUGGUCACUUAAGUUAUGCCUGUCCUAAAAAUAUGCUUGGAGAACGUGAGCCUCCAAAGAAGAAAGAGAAAAAGAAAAAGAAGAAAAUUCCUGAACGAGAAGAAGAAGUUGAAGAAGUAGAAGAAAGUGAAGAAGAAGGGGAAGAUCCUGCUCUUGACAGCCUCAGUCAGGCCAUAGCUUUCCAGCAAGCCAAAAUUGAAGAAGAACAAAAAAAAUGGAAACCCAGUCCAGGGGGUCCCUCAACAUCAGAUGAUUCAAGACGCCCGAGGAUAAAGAAAAGCACAUAUUUCAGUGAUGAGGAAGAACUGAGUGAUUAAAAUUGUAUUUAUUAUGUAAAUAUCAUUAAACAUUUUUUUAAAUCUUGGAA